UUCAAGAUGUUACUUCCUGUCCCUUUGUUCCUGUUGAUCUGUUCUAUAAUCCUGUUUUCUGUCCUGGGGAACCUCCUGGUUGUCCUCUCCGUCCUCCUCGUCAAACAGCUCAGACAACCUGGAAACCUACUUCUUCUUUCUCUAGCUCUAACAGAUCUUCUGAUAUCUCUGAUAGUUAUGCCUGGAGCAUUAUAUCAACUCACCGCAGGAGGAUGGACGAUAUCAAAAACUUCUUGCUUAGGUUGGAUAUUUUGUGAUGUGUUCCUCUGUACAUCAAGCAUUCUCACUCUUACAGUGAUCUGCGUAGAUCGUUAUUAUGCAAUCUCCCAACCUCUCCGCUAUGUACCAAUCCGAACCCAUCGUCUGAUACUUCUCUGCAUCCUAUCCAUCCAACUGCUUGCAGGGCUUGUCUCCGCCCCCGCCCUGGCCACACCCUCCUCCGGACUAGUUUUUAUCCCUCCUCCUGGUCAGGAUUAUCAAUCAUCUACACAAUCCGUCCUGAACCAUCUACCAGGGAACAGUACUCCUGGCUACCCGGAGAGAAAACAAGUUGCAACCCUGCUCCAGAUGUUUAAGAAACGUGAUCUCAAGGACGGGUUGGGUGCCUGGAGCAAAGAUCAGACCUCGGAGAAAUCAGAAGAACUGGAAAGAUUUGAUCCUGAAUUUCAAUGCUUAGUAUCUCAGGCUCCGGCUUACCAGUUAUACGCUACCAUCUGUUCUUUCUACCUUCCCUUGCUAGUCAUGGUAGUUUUAUACUACAGGAUAUACAGAACAGCCAGGGAUAUUAUAAACAAGGAAAAAUACAGUCCGUCAGCGCUAAGAAGGUACAGUGUACAGUCGAUAGAACCAACGAACAAGACCUUCAACCCCUUCAUCAAAAAGCUUGGACGCAGAAAUAGAGUUGUAAAUGUCAUCAAAAAGGAUCCUGGACACGAACACAAACCUGAACCUGAAACUGAACCUCAAUCUGAACAUGAACAUAAAGAUAAACAUGAAACCCAAAUUAAAGAGAAGCUAGACAAGGAUACUAAAUCUGAAUCUGAACUCAAGUUUAUAUCCGCUCCUGGAGAAACACUGGUGUCUGGACAUAAGAGGGAAUAUUCAGGUGUAAGGAUGAGGAACUCUGAUUCGUUUCUACAAAAUAAAACUGGAUCUUAUUCUACUCAUACUAAUAAUAAUAUACAGGUACUGCAUGCAACACAAGUUCUCCAGGUUGAUGAAUCAUCAUACUAUAUCAAGCUGGCGUCAAUAAAAGAUAAAAACAGGUCUAAAGAAAAAAGAAAGGUUUCUGUUCUCUCUUCUACAGGCUGUAAGAAUGAUGAUUUGCUCAGCCCUCUCCUUGGUUGGAAGAAAGGGAUGGACAAAUCUUCGAAUCCUCAUCAUUACUCAAGUGAGGCAAACUUUGGAUCCGAAUCUUGUAAGAUUAAAGCUGAAAGUAUACCAGGAGAAUCUCAGAAGAAAGAAACCCUGCUCCUUCAAGGAGAAGAAACUGAACCUCAGUCCUUAACUCACAGUCAAGCAAAAAGUUUAAAAAGUUUUUCUAAAAGUUUGCCAAGAUUAGGGCAUUCUUCCAUUGUUCCUAAACAUGCUGACUCUUGCCUAAACUCUAAAUCUAGAUCUAAAGAUUGCAACUGUGUUGAUAACAGCUCAGGUUUUUCCUACUUGGAGAAUACUUAUAUUAAUCCUAGUGUUUCCUCCAAGUCGGAGAGAAUGGAUGGAUUAAGCAUGAAGCGGAGUUUCUGUAAUAAGAUUCAUAAACUUCGUCCUAGAGUACACAGAUCUCUUAGUUUUGGUUCUCCGGAUACAAACCCUAAUUUUCAUCCUUCUCCGGAUACAACCCCUGGUUCUUAUCCUUCUCCGAAUACAACCCAUAAUUCUCAUUCUUCUCCGAACACAACCCAUAGUUUUCAUUAUUCUCCUGGAUGUAUGCUUUUAAAUAUUACUAAAUCUGUGCCUGAAACCAAUUCUUCUUCUGGAACCAAUUCUUUCCCUGGAACCAAUUCUCUCUCUGAAACCAAUUCUCCUUCUGGAACCAAUUCUCUCCCUGGAACCAAUUCUCUCUCUGGAACCAAUUCUCUCCCUGGAACCAAUUCUCUCCUUGGAACCAACUCUUUCCUAGGAAUCAAUUCUCUCCCUGGAAUUAAUUCUCCUUCUGCAACCAAUUCUCUGCUUGGGGCAAAUUCUCUCCCUGGAACCAAUACUCUACCUGGAACCGAUUCACUCCCUGGAACCAAUUCCCUCCCUGGAACCAUUACUCUACCUGGAACACUUGAAUCAAAUUCUCGUCCUGGAACGGAAACUCAAACUGGAAACACCUCUGAACCUAAUAUUGUAUCUGGAACAUGUUCUGAACCUGAAACAAAAAGUUGUAUUAAGAUUGAAGUGAGUGAAAGCUCUCCAACCUCUGACUUCAAUCCUCUCCUCCGUGAUCCUUUAAGCAACAGUUUAAAGUCUAGUCUAUCACUAAACCAAUUGUACAGCGAAAAUACUGGGUUUCUCGGAACUCAUCCUGUCCCUUUAGAUUCUUGUUCAACGGAUCAAUCCGACAAUUUCAUUCCGCGGAGCAGAUCUCUCCUGUCCGUCUCCCACUCCUAUCCAGGAGUAAAGAUACGUCGUAAGUCCGGAGAAAUCUCCGGACACCGGGUUCUUCUCACUAUGCCUAAAUCAAGCUCAAUGCGUCUUUCACGGUGUUUAACAGGGUUUUCAGGUGCUGGUAUGUAUGCUAGACAAGAAUGGAAAGCUACACUAACUGUAGGAAUUGUUCUUCUAACCUUCUUAAUCUGCUGGCUCCCAUUCUUCGUUCUUACUCUGUACUCUUCAUUAGUCCGGGUACACAUUAUCCCAGGUUGGAUUAACUCUACAGCGCUGUGGCUAGGAUAUACAAACUCUAUGCUAAAUCCAGUUAUAUACGGAGUUCUGCACAGGGAUUUCCGGAAAACGUUUGUACAAAUCCUUACUUGCAACCUCAGUCUCCGACCUUCUAACCAUUCAGGGCUUUAACUGUACUGCAGAACAUGUACAGUAGAGGUGUUGUAUACAUGAAAUCAAACUGGACGUAAUCCAACAAAAGAAGAAUUUAUUUAGAUAGUUCUGAAUAAAAAUAAGAUUGUGUAUUUUUAUUUAUGUACUUCUUGUUCGCACCUCUGUUCUACAGUUCAAAAUAAAUUUUAUAGUUUUGUUUUA